UAUUUCGUUCCCAGCUCUGGCUGUGCGUUCAUGGGCAAUACCAUGCCCGCGGAGUGGGAUGGAGACAGGCAAAGAGUUCGAGCGCGAGCCCAGCGCAAGAUGGGUCAGUGGGCCAUCCUGUCUAUGUGCAUGGUGAUCCUCUUCCUCUACUUAAAAGUCGUGACACAUCGAAAGGCGUUACAAUCGGUCACCCACGACUGUCCGAGGCAGUGGCACGGGGCGUCCAAAACGCACGCGGGUUCGUGCUGGUGCGGGUGGGACGAGUACUGCAUGUGCACUCCGAGCUUAGCCAUCGACACGGUCGUAGAGGUGUCUGACCCGGCCACCGGAGAGGUGGGAUCGGUGCUGGUGGUGCGAAGAAAAGACAACGGCAAGCUGGCGUGCAUCGGGGGGUUCGUGGAGGUCGGGGAGACGCUGGAGGAGGCCACUAGGAGAGAGGUUAGGGAGGAGACGGGGCUGGAGGUGACGUCGUUGCAGAUGUUGCCACGGAUGUACGACGACCCAGCGAGAGAUGCCAGAAGACAUACAGUGAGCGUGGCGUACGUGGCUCGUACGACGGGCACACCUCGGGCAGGCAGUGACGCGGCGGCGGUAGUUUCCAUCCCCCUGGCGUCGCUGGGAGAGACGGUUGGAGAGUUCGCGUUCGAUCACGGGCAGAUCAUGACGGACUACCUAGCCCUCGGGGCUUCUUCGGCCUCGACAGGAAUAUCGCCGUCGCAAGACCGUGCGGACGGGAGCCUUAGCGGCGACGGCAGCGGUGAUAGCGGGAACGAUCCUGGGGGUGGGGGUGGGGGUGGCGGCAGCAGCAGCGGCGGCGAUGGGCCCGACGGCCCGGACGAGAUGCCUUCUUCUCCGAGAUCUGGUGCGGCACUGUUGCGGGGCCUACCGGCGAGGUAGCGACAAGGUUUUGCCCCCGAUGCCGCAAGCUGCUGCGGUGGUUGUAUGGUCUCGCGCCGCGUUCGUUGAGAGUCUUUAACAGUGCCUCCGAAAACAGCCGGGACUUUUCCCUGCCUCAUCCUUGUCCGGCGAGAAAUGUUAAUUACCUUAAUUUUCGUAUGUAGUAUAAGUGCAGUAAAGAAACAUUCCCGAGUUUGGGUUAGGCCCCCGCCUCGCCGCUGCCAGAAGUCUUGUAGUCUAAGUGUGAUCGGGCUCUUGUCCUUUCGAUUGAAGAGAGGGAGAGGAGUAAGCGGAGCGAGCGAGAGAGAACGGGUAAAGAAGGUACUCUUGUUGUGGUGGAGGUGUACGUGGAUGCGUCAUGCAUCUCUGUUGGUUGUUUUGAGCGACGUAACUUCUGCGGGGGGGCAAGCAGCCUGAGCGUGUGUGCGUGUUGGAUCGCCCUAGUGUUUGCUGUUGCCGCCUUUGUGUCUAAAGCUGUUCUGUCCAUCUUCUCCGCACUCCGCACUUACCUACGUCCACCCGGACCCUCUCGGGAGAGAGAAACAACGUUGUGUGAACUGGGCUGAGAGAACGUUUUUUUUUGUAAUCAGCUGCUUCGCGGCGUGGCUGAUAUAAUCUCAUAGUGUAAAGCCCAUCAGCCGCUUCACGGCGUGGCUGAUAUGAUUGAAUAGGGUGAAGCCCACCUGUUGGAUUUUUUUUUUUUAGCCUGCAAGAUAGCCGACGCAUCGUUGUUCGCUCGGCGUGCGGGAUGCACCAAAAGCAGGAAAUUACCGUGCUGUGUAUUUCUUACCACUCUGUGGCUUUGGUCGUGGUUUCCAGACGACUUCCGUGGCAAGACGGUGAUCAGAUGUCUUGUCAUGGAGUUGGUGUGGGCGGGGUACAUACGGAGGGCAAAAGUAGUUGUAAUGCGCAUCGCUUUAGUUUUGUUUGUUUUUGUGCUGGGCCCUCUCUUGAAUGCCGUGUGCUGUGAUUUAAUUUUUGUCUUGCCCUGCGCCGCCAGAUCGUGAGCUGCCUAGCUCGCUAGAGUGGAAGCUAUUGUUUUUGGGUCGCCUCUGUUCCGCGACCGGUUUGCUGUUGUUUUUCUUGUGCUUCUUCGCGCCUUCUGCGGAAGCCAGGACUUCAUUUUCCAAGAUGUACAGGCACACACAUGCAGCAGGGGACCUGCCAGAUAACUUUCCUUUGGUCCGAAGCUUUUUUCUCCCAAAAGCGACCCCCCGGUUC